UAUACUUGACGCAUUCUAGCAUCAUUUAGCAUGUGUCUGGGUUUUAUUAAUCAUCGCUCAAAAACAAUUCGUAUUACGGCGGUACGAGUAUAGUGAAUUACGUGUUUUGUUUUCCAUUUGUAUAUUGGAUAAUGGCGUCUUCAGGAAAGAAGAACAAGAAAUCCAAGGGAACUGUUUUAUCACUGCAGUCAUUUUUAUCUGAUGGAGAUCAGCCACCUUUGGGUACAACUCAAGUUGCAAAAAAUUUACGAAAUAUAGAUGGAGAAGACAGCGACGAUGACGGGAACGUUCUGACUUUAGUCUGUCAACUUCCUACAGCACCACGUGCAAGUAGAGGUUUUGAUCAUAGCAAUGUUCCCUAUAAACCCCCCUUUAUAGCUUAUGUAACUAAUUUGCCCUUUGACACAACUGAUGAUGAUGUAUACGCAUUCUUUAAUAAUAUUAACAUAAUUUCCGUGCGUCUUCCAAGAGAAGAUGGAGAAUCCGGAAGACUUCGAGGAUACGGGUAUAUAGAAUUCGAAACAAGAGAUGAUUUAAUUCAAGCUCUAAGUUUACCAGAUCCUUCCAUUAAAGGGCGUCGAAUAAGAAUUGAGUUGUCUAAUGAAAGUGACCAUAAUUCCAAACAAGGAACAAGAAAAAAUUAUGAAACAUGUAGUGAUGAAGACAAUAAAGAUUGGAGGCGUCAAAAACUCAGAAAUGAUUUUAAUGAUAAAGGAACCUCAACACAAAACUCUUCUGGAAUUGGAAGUUCUUGGCGCUCUCAAAAUAUUUCCGGCAGAAGUGGAAGUUCAACAUCGUUUUACUCUGAGAAUAAAAACAACACAAUAAUGGAGCGCCCACGUCUAAACUUGAAACCUCGUACACUACCACUGCCCGAAAAAGACAUGAUUUCAAACAAAAUUGAAUUGAACGUUAAUGAAAAUAAAUCUACCGAAAAAAUAUUUGGUUGCGCAAAACCAGUUGAUACUACCGCAAGAGACCUAGAAAUUGACAAGCGCUUGUCUGAAAUACGAAUGCAGGAAACUAAACAUAUGGGAUCUAAUGUGAUUAAGAGUGUGGAAAAGAUGAAUGUUGAAAAUUCGGCUAAAAAUGAAUGUACAGAUAUGAAUUGGAGAAAGGGUCGAACAAAUGAGGAAGCACAUGAAGAUAAGAAAGAUUACAAACCCUCUAUUCGUAAGGAUAACAUAUCUUUAAGGCCCGGCAAACAGAACGAUAUAAGUAAAAAAGAUGAAUGGAACCGUAACCAUGAAAAAACAGCAUAUAAGAAUUCACAGAAGACAAAUGAAGUCAUUUUAGUGUCCACAAACAAAUUCUCGGGACUAGAGGAUGAUGACGACGAAUAACAAAUGAUAUGAAAACUUAUAAUUCAAUUUUAUUUAAAUAUGUAUCUAUGUGUGUAAUUACCUCAAUAUAAAUUAUUACGUUGGUUCUAUACAAUAAAUUACACAGUGGCAAAACCUCUUUGUAAUAAUGCCGUUGUAUUACCUACUACCAA